AUGGAUAAUGACCCAUCAGAAGCGGGUAAAGCAACGCGAAGAGCAAUAGAAAAAAUCGAUGCUGAAUUUCACAAGAUUCUGGCUAGAUCGCCUGGCCAGAAUCCGAUUGAAAAUGUCUUUCACUUUGUAAAGAAAACUUGUCUCGAGAAUGAAGGAAUUGCUAAUAAUAUAACAUCAGAAACGUUCCAAGACUUUUCAGCGCGGGUUUUAAAAUCCUUGGAACAUCUGUCAACUGGUUUAAUUGAUCGUACUAUUUCAAGCCUGUCAAGUGGAGUAGAUGCUGUUCUUAAAGCAAGAGGAAAUCGCAUAAAAUACUAGGAUUUCUAUCUUUUACUGUUAUAUAUAGUAUUCCACGCAAGUUCUUAUGUAUUAUCGUAGCUAUAGUAUACCACCCCCCUGGAGCUGAUGAUUAUUCUAUGAAAGACCAUUUAUUCCAGUCAUUAAAAAGGCAGAGUCAAAAUUUCUAAACUGCGCACUUAUUGUUGCAGGUGACUUUAAUCGUCUUAAUGUUAACAGAAUCAAACAUCAUUUUCAACUGAAACAGAUAGUUCAGACUCCUACCCGCAGAAAUGCGAUUCUCGACAUCAUCUUAACUAAUCUGCACGAGUAUUAUGAAAAACCUCUAAUAAAGCCCCCUUUUGGACUAUCCGACCACAAUACUAUCAUUUCAUCUCCAAAGGAAAGAGCUAAAGAUCUAAUCUCUAAUGGCACCACCUUUAAGCGUAAUAUUAAUCCAAGUUCCAAACGAGCCCUUGGAAGAUAUCUAAACUCGAUUGAUUGGCCUCAAAUUAUUCCAUCUACUAAUGAUUGUGAUCAGUUAUCGAACAUGUUUCAAAACAUAGUCCUUACUGGGGUUAAUAUAUUAAUGCCGAUGACACAAUCAAAGAAAUGUCCUGUCGAUGCCCCCUGGAUAACGAACCAUUUCAAAUCGCUGAUCAUUGAAAGGCAGAAAGCUUUUUCUACCUAUGGCCCUAACUCGAGCAGUUUUAAAUCUCUUCGAAACCAAGUAAAUCGAGAAAGGAAAAUCUGUAAAUCAAACUAUUAUAAACUCCGUGUACAUCAAAUGAAACAAACAGACUCCAAGGAAUGGUGGAAAGAAGUAAAGCGUUUAAGUGGAAUGGCAUCUACUAGAUCUAGUGAUAUUAGAAAUAUAAUAGAUAUUGAAAACCUCGAACAACUAUCUGAGCAAGAAUUAGCUAACAAGAUCAAUGAAGUUUUCUUGGAUCCCUUAUCUGUAUAUAAACUGCCCAGCCCCUUCUUCCUUUCGAGCUAG